AUGAUAUUCGGCUCCGACUCAGAAUUGUUCAUCAAUGCCAUCCGCGCCACAGUCUUCAACUGCUUUUCGGAGACAUUUGCAGACGCUGCGACCAUGCUGUACGAGGCACGACCCCCGCCAGGUGCGGCAGAUAUUCGUUGCGGCCCGCAGCCAGCUGGAACGUCCUAUCAGCGCCUGUCUUGCGGCGUGAAUGGAGCCGAGGCUGGCAAGGUGGUAGGAGCGUCCAUGCUGAAUGAAGGCAAAGAGUGGCCAUUGCAACGCAAGAAUGCACUUAUGAGAGACGCAUUCUCCUGGAUUUUGUUUAAAAGAGCCUCCAUCAAGGACUCCGAAGCUGUCCCAUUAGAUGGAAUGGGGGCUUUUCCUUGGACCUGGCGUGGUUUGCGGUUGGCCGGGAACGUAACCCCUCAAAUGCCGUUUGGAACAUUCCCGGACUCUGCACUGGACCCCUGGAGACUGAAUUUCGCCCCCUCUAAACCCCUCCAAUGCCGAUCCGCGGGAGUCUUACCGGGGGAACCGAUAUUUCCAUGCAGAGAUGACGGAGGUCUUCUACAAGAGCACUGGGGGAAGACUACUCCUAUGGCAUCCGAGGAGCGAUUUGGUGACAUGCAGGAGAUUGAAGGAACGAUUCUCUGCCUAUGUCGAAUGCGGUGCCGUACUGCAACGGCUCUGUGA